AUGGCUCCGAAUUUGGAAUGUCGCAUGUACGAGGCACGAUACCCAGAAGUAGACAUGGCAGUGAUGAUACAGGUCAAGAACAUAGCCGACAUGGGUGCUUACGUUUCACUUCUCGAAUACAACAACAUCGAGGGUAUGAUUCUGUUCUCCGAACUCUCUCGCCGUCGAAUUCGUAGUGUUAGCAGUCUCAUCAAGGUGGGUAGAAUUGAACCGGUGAUGGUUCUUCGUGUUGAUAAGGAAAAGGGUUACAUCGAUCUCAGUAAACGUAGGGUUUCUGAAGAAGAUAUUCAAGCUUGUGAAGAAAGGUAUAAUAAGAGUAAACUUAUUCACUCUAUUAUGCGUCAUGUUGCUGAAACCUUGAAUCUCGAUUUAGAGGACCUUUAUAUUCACAUUGCUUGGCCUUUGUACCGCAAAUAUGGACACGCCUUUGAGGCUUUCAAAAUAGUUGUGACUGAUCCAGAUACAUUUUUGAGCACACUUAUGCGGGAAAUUAAGGAAGUUGGUCCUGAUGGACAAGAGGUGACCAAGGUGGUACCUGUUGUUUCUGAAGAAGUGAAGGAUUCUCUAGUGAAGAACAUUAGAAGACGGAUGACCCCUCAGCCAUUGAAAAUCAGGGCGGAUAUUGAAAUGAAAUGUUUUCAAUUUGAUGGAGUUAUCCACAUUAAGGAAACAAUAGAAGCUGUGUCUUCAAAGAAAAGGAAGCGAAAGAAAACCUCUUCUGAAGCUGUUGGUGGAUUCAGCGUGUUCCGAAGUUCAACAUCGAAGACAAAUGAAAAAGUCCAAGCCGGUGAUGAUGAGUCCAUUCGUCUGAAGAAAGAAAAAUAA